AUGACGACCAACUUUGUCGACCCGACGAGUGCGAUGGAAUCGCUCGACAACUACGAGACCGACGUGCAGCCGGCGCUCGCCAACGGCCAGCUCAUGCAAAAAGUGGUCGCCAAGGAGAAAUCGCUGGCGGCCACGAGCGGCCAGCAGUGCAUGCAGUCGCUCAAGGACGCAGCAUACUACCUCGAAACCGCCAUCGCUGCGUCCCACGGGCAUCCGUGCAACACGUCGAUCAUCGGCCUCACGAGCCGGUACCAGACGCUGGUCGUUGACACGGACAUUGCGUGCGCCAAUUACCUCAGCUCGUCGAUGGAAGCACUCAAGUACUACAAGUAUGCCUUCUUUUUCGUCGGUGAAGGUGACAUCGACGAAGCCAAAACGUUGCUGCAGGCGACAGCCGAUAUCGCCGCGAGUUUGGAGGCAAUCGCGGAGGCGCUCGAGCAGCAGUCCACCACGGCCGUGCGCGAGGCGGAGGCCAGCCUCGAAGUGACGAGCAAAGCGAGCGCGCUGGCCCACGAGACGAAGGACAAGGCAGCCCAAGCACGUGACGCUGCGAGCGCCCUGAAAGAGGAACGGGAAAAACGGAAGACGGACGAAGAGAAUGCUAUCAACGCGGCCAAGACGACACUGGACGCGGCUGCCCGCGCGCGCCAAGUGCAAGACAACGUCGAUAUGGCCGACAUCAACGUGCUGUGGGGCCUCUGCCGCGUCUCCCGCGAAGGCGAGCGCGCCAAGCUCAAGCAUCUCCAAGAACUCGAGAAUGCGCAGUGGACCGAGUACCUUAUUGUGCUCAAGAAGCAGCAAGAGAACAACCAGGCGAUCAACGACUUGGCCCUCGAGCUCGCGAGCUUGGACGCUAAGGGCGCCACAUACGAGCGCGCCGUGAAAGCGCUCGAGAUGACCGUGACAACGCUCGGUGGCAUCAAGACGUGCUUUGAAGAAGUGCGCAAGUUUUGGGCGAUGCUCAAGAACCACUGCCACAAAAUCGCUGGCCCCAACACGAUCUUGGAGACAAGCUUCAUGGCCGUCGCCCAAAAAGGCACUGGCUUGCUCGUCAAGGUCAUGACCGACGACUGGUACCGGUGGCUCGCGCUCGCCAAGACCAACUACGCCGCGGUACUUGGCAUGGCCGACGUCAAGACUACCGUGGCCCGCAUCAUGUCGACAUUGCCCAACUCGGCGGAAGCCAGCAAGCGCCUUCCUGCACUCAUCAAGGGGUUGAAGUCGAAACUCAAGGAUAGUAACACGCACCUCCAAAACCAGAUUGAGGAGCAAACAAAGAAACAGACAGCGAUCGUCGCCGACUAG